GAUUUGGCUGUAUGGCUUAGUUCCUUCGCCUGUCCCAUGGACGAAUUAUAAUAUUACCACUACUGUCGCCAUUUUGACUUGUGUGGUUUAGUUUGAUCGCAAGAAAAUUGAUUUUUUGGCUCUUCGUGUCAGUCAGAGAUAUUGUGAACGUGAAUUGUUUUUCUUACUUCAAAUGCUGUAAAAGAUAAUUUCAGUGAAUUGAAUCGGCUAGGGAUCGAGUGCACCAUCAUGUCUGCUCAUGAGCAAAUUAGGGCAAUGUUGGAUCAAUUGAUGGGAACUGCACGAAACGGCGAGUCGGACAGGCAUGGAGUGAAAUUUUACGAUGACUCGGUCUGCAAAUCGUUUUUGUUGCAAUGUUGUCCCCAUGAAAUUUUAUCAUCUACGCGUAUGGAUUUAGGUGAGUGUCCAAAAAUACAUGAUCUGGCCCUGCGUGCAGAUUAUGAGUUAGCCUCCAAAACCAAAGACUAUUUUUAUGACAUUGAUGCGACAGAGCAUUUAGAGGCUUUUAUAGCGGAUUGUGAUCGACGCACCACUGCAGCUAAACAACGUCUCGCUGAAACACAAGAAGAGUUAUCAGCUGAAGUUACAGAGAAAGCAAAUGCUGUCCAUGAACUUGCAGAACAGAUUGGACAAAAGCUUGCGAGAGCUGAAGCUUUGGGUGAGGAAGGAAUGGUGGAAGAAAGUGUUAAUCUGAUGGGAGAGAUUGAUGAAUUACGAAAAAAGAAAGCUGUUGCUGAGCAAGAGUACCGUAAUUCGAUGCCUGCAUCAUCUUACCAACAGCAGAAAUUACGCGUCUGUGAAGUUUGCUCAGCAUACUUGGGUAUCCAUGACAAUGACAGACGUCUGGCUGAUCACUUUGGUGGGAAGUUACAUCUUGGAUUUAUUACUAUUCGAGAAAAAUUGGCUGAAUUAAAGAAAACUGUGGAUAAACGUCGCGAAGAGCGUGGCGCUUCGGAACGUGAACGCGGUAGCGGUCGGCGGCAUUACGUUGGAGGGAGGGAGCUGGAUAGACGCGCGCGCCGCCACCGCGAGUCCGCCAGAGACCGCGACCGCGGUAAAGAUUCUGAUCGCGAUCGUGGCAAAGAUAAGGAACGUGACCGCGAACGAGAUCGCGAAAGGAGACGUAGCCGUUCUCGGAGUCGCAGUAAACGUGAGGGUUCCCGCGAGCGCGAACGUUCUCGGGGUCGUGAUCGCGAUCGCGAGUCCCGUCGUAGCCGAUCCCAUCGCUCGGGCUCCCGAGAGCGCCGUCGUGACUAAGAUGCCAUCAAGCUAGAUUAUAAUACUAGAUGUUACGUUUGUAUUCUGUUUCGUAAGCUGUCAAGUCUUUUAUUAUAUCAACAAUUUCUUUUUCUUUUCUUUCUUCUACAAGCUUCUCAUUUCAGUGAAUUAUCACUUUCGACUGUUAUUUUAAUCUGCUAGAAGUAUAUUAUUUGUUUCUAUAAGUCUAUGCAAUAAGUGGUGUGAUUUUUCUUUAGUCGUAAUCUAUUUGCUUUUAAGUGACAUUGAAGGUAAUAUUUAAUAGAUAUUAUAUAAUAUACAUAAUAUUUAUUAUGUCAAGAUUGAAAGUAGACACCAGUUUUUAAUUUCCAAGUGACUUAAAAUUUUUUGGGAUAAUAAUAAUUACCCAUUUUAUUCCCUGAACACAUCCAUAUUACGUCUACUCUAUUUAAUGUGAAUAAGCAAUUUUAGUAUAAAGGGUGUAGGAUAGUAUAAAAACAUUAUUAGAAUUUAAUGUUUUUUUUUCAAUGUCUUAUUCAGAUCUUCAUGCUUAAUUAAUAGCAAUUUCCCAUACUGAAUUUACUGUAGAGAUUUGUACGAAAUAAGGAAUAUGUUUAUAGUAAUAGCACAAUGACGUGUUAAAUGUGCAUGUGAAUUAUAUAGGGGUAUAUAGUGCUAUUUUUGUUAUUUUAA